GCUUGUCACGUGGGCAGUCGAUACAGCCAAUGGGUACGGUACGGGGCGGAAUCGGUAACUUAGCUAGGUCCACUCCGUACAGACAUCCAUGUUUGUAACGUUAGCUAGCACGUAUUCGUUACAGCUUUGUAUCACCUGAAUGAGUGCUUGACAGAUACAUAAUUUCCGAAGGAGUCUCGUGUUUCAGGGUGGCUGUAUCAGCUCACUGCUCUUCUCCACGUUGAAUUCUGUCAAUACAUUCGGUCCACAACCGUGUGCCGUCCAACUUCCCAGUAAAACUGCUUUUGGCUAACCCAGCUAGCAAACGAAAUAAAAUAGCAGUUACACACUAGCGUCUAGGGGCGACCAGCGGUGUGUUUAUGUCUUUGUUUCACGAACACGGUGAGUACCAGGACGACAGGAGCGACGGAUGGGAAAGAGCUGUUGUGCAGCUGUUGGAACCUGCGUGGGGGACACUUAGCCUACAAGCAAGUAGCGCACAGCCUCUGCGGCACAAUCUUUUUCAUGUCAGAGACCGAAUACGUCUGCAGUCGUUUAUGUCAUCGACUCUUCUCCACGCAGAAGAUAACAAAAAACUGCAAUCCAAGAUCUUUUUGUCUUACUGAUAAAGCCAACAGUGGGCCAAAAUGUCUGUCAACGUCAACCGCAGCGUGUCAGAUCAAUUCUAUCGCUACAAGAUGCCCCGUCUGAUCGCUAAGGUGGAAGGCAAAGGAAAUGGAAUCAAGACCGUUAUCGUCAACAUGGUUGAUGUUGCAAAGGCUCUGAAUAGGCCCCCUACUUAUCCCACCAAGUUCUUUGGAUGUGAGCUGGGUGCCCAGACUCAGUUUGAUUCCAAGAAUGACCGCUACAUUGUCAACGGGUCACACGAGGCAAACAAGCUGCAGGACAUGCUGGACGGAUUCAUCAGGAAAUUUGUGCUGUGUCCCGAAUGCGAUAAUCCAGAAACCGACCUGCAUAUCAACCCUAAGAAGCAAACCAUAGGCAAUUCGUGCAAGGCCUGCGGGUACCGUGGCAUGCUGGACACGCGGCACAAGCUGUGCACUUUCAUUCUUAAAAACCCUCCAGAGAAUGACAGCGGAUCAGUCAAGAAGGAGAAGGAGAAGAAAAACCGCAAGAAGGACAAGGAGAACGGCUCCAACGGCAGCGACGCAGGGAGCCACGGGGAAAUCGACGCGCCUGUCGCCGUGGUGAGUACCCCGCCGGCCCCUCGUCCAGCCGUGAGGUGCGAGGUUUUCCCCACACUCCACGCCUGGUUGGGAGGGGGCCAUCCCGCUGAAUCUCCGCCCCGUGUGUCGCAUCUCCAGGACCGGGACGACGAGGAUGAGGACUGGGCAGAGGAGACGACGGAGGAGGCCCAGAGGCGCAGGAUGGAGGAAAUCAGCGAGCAUGCUAAGAACCUGACCCUCAGUGAGGACUUGGAGAAGACCCUGGAGGAGAGGGUCAACUUGUUCUACAACUUUGUCAAGGAAAAAAAGGAGGAAGGGGCCAUCGACACGGCAGACAAAGAGAUCCUGUCUGAGGCCGAGCGUCUGGACGUGAAGGCCAUGGGCCCCCUGAUUCUGAGCGAGCUGCUGUUCGACGAGAACAUCCGGGACCAGAUCAAGAAGUACAAGCGCCACUUCCUGCGCUUUUGCCACAACAACAAGAAGGCACAGAAGUACCUGCUGGGCGGGUUUGAGUGCCUGGUGAAGCUGCACCAGGCCCAGCUCCUCCCUCGCGUGCCCAUCGUGCUGAAGGCCCUGUACGACGCUGACCUGCUGGAGGAGGACGUCAUCCUUGCCUGGGCUGAGAAGGUGUCCAAGAAGUAUGUUUCCAAGGAGCUUGCCAAAGAGAUACACGCCAAGGCUGCUCCCUUCGUCAAAUGGCUGAAAGAGGCGGAGGAGGAGAGUGAAGGCAGCGAGGAAGAGGGAGACGAGGAUGAAAAUGUUGAGGUGGUGUACUCCUCCUCUGCUCGUGAGCUGACCGUGGAGACUGUGAAACCAGAAAAGUCUGACAAUAAGGAUGAGGACGACAUUGACAUCGAUGCCAUUUGAGAGUCUUCAUUCUGGACUGGGUCUAUAAUUCAGCUUUCUGCACCAGCGAGCCCAUUUUCCCCUGCUGCUGUGACUUGUUUGAUUAACAUAUAGUGCUUAGCUGACUACAUCGUUAGAUUACCAUGAAUACUAUGCGCUGUCGUUCGAUUCAUAAGCAUCUGUCUAGGUAUAAUAUAUAAAGUCCUCUUGGCUGUGGAUUUAACUUUCCUAUCUGGCACAAGCUGCUCUUUAUUUUGUUUUGCUGUAUUUUUUGAAUCAUUAAAGUAUGUUUUUGCCAUUAA